AUGGCAAGGAAGCUCAGUACAUUGGAAGUCCUUCUGUUUGUCUUCUUCCUAAUUGUAUUGGCUGUAGAUAUCCUCUUGCUGCUGCUUGUGUUGGAGAAACCUUCAGAUUCUUCAUUUAUUCCAGUGUGCCCAGAGAUCUCUCAGUCGGAAAGGAUAGACUGCGCACCUGGACAGGCGGUGACAGAGGAAACUUGCAGAUGGCAAUAUAAAUGCUGCUGGAAUUCUGCAGCAGAGACCAAUGUCCCUAGGUGCUUCUUCCCCAGAAACUGGGGCUAUGAAGUCAUCAGGGCCCAAACAAAUACAAGCACAGGGUUUACUGCCCAGCUGAGAAAGUUGCCAUCCCCUUCUCUGUUUGGAGAUGAUGUCACCAAUGCCCUCCUCACAGCUGAAUUUCAGACAGCCAAUCGUUUUCGUUUUAAGAUAACUGAUUUCAAUGCGAUCCGCUAUGAAGUCCCUUCUGAAAACAUCAAUUUACUUAAUGACACUGCUGAUAUCUCCAGUUUGAGCUACCAUGUAGAAGUCACUGAUAAUCCCUUUAGCAUCAGAAUAAUGAGGAAGAGCAACAAAAGAGUCCUGUUGGACACAAGCAUUGGGCCCCUCCAAUUUGCCCAGCAGUUCCUGCAGCUGUCUUUCCGACUUCCCAGCACCAACGUGUAUGGGCUGGGGGAGCACGUGCAUCAACAGUACCGCCACGACAUGGCCUGGAAGACCUGGCCCAUCUUCACCCGGGAUGCCGCCCCCACCGCGGGCAUGAUUAACCUGUAUGGAGCACAUACAUUCUUCUUGUGCCUUGAAGACACCAGUGGUUCCUCUUUUGGAGUUUUUCUGAUGAACAGUAAUGCCAUGGAGGUCGCCCUUCAGCCUGCUCCUGCAGUCACUUACCGCACCAUUGGGGGUAUUCUUGACUUCUACGUGUUCCUGGGAAACACUCCAGAGCAAGUGGUUCAGGAAUACCUGGAGCUUGUUGGACGACCAUUCUUGCCUUCCUACUGGAAUCUCGGGUUCCAGUUAAGUCGCAGGGAUUAUGGUGGCAUCAAUGGGUUGAAAGAGGUUGUAGACCGAACUCGUGAAGCUGGGAUCCCGUAUGAUGUCCAGUACUCUGAUAUAGACUACAUGGAUGGAAAGAAGGAUUUCACUAUUGAUGAAACGGCUUACCCUGAUCUCUCAGGUUUUGCCAAGAGGUUACAUGACAAUGGCCAAAAAUAUAUAAUUAUUAUGAAUCCUGGUAUCCUGAAAGAUCCUAACUACAAUACAUAUAAAGAUGGAAGACUAAAGAGAGUAUGGAUCUUGGAGAACAAUGACUUUGCUGUUGGGGAGGGAUACCCUGGUCCAACUGUCUUUCCUGACUUCAGCAAUCCAGUGUGUACCCAGUGGUGGACRCAACAGGUCACUGAAUUUCACAACAAAAGUCUAAACUUUGAUGGAGUGUGGAUUGAAAUGGAUGAAGUAACUAGCUUUCUCCAAGAUUCUGGUCAUACGUGUGAAUCAAACAGCUUAAACUUCCCACCUUUCACUCCUGGCAUUCUAGACCACUUACUGUUUGCAAGAACUCUCUGCAUGGACACAGAGUUUUACUGGGGCCUUCACUAUGACGUCCACAGCUUGUAUGGCCACUCCAUGGCAAGAGCCACCCAUUCGGCCAUGGAGACUAUCUUCUCCAAUAAGAGGAGCUUCAUCUUAUCCCGUUCUACUUUCGCGGGAUCUGGUAAAUUUGCUGCUCAUUGGCUGGGGGACAAUGCGGCUACAUGGGAUGAUCUCCGAUGGUCCAUCCCUGGUGUCCUUGAGUUCAACCUGUUUGGCAUCCCCAUGGUAGGUGCCAACAUCUGUGGUUAUAAAGAAAAUGUCACAGAGGAGCUCUGCAGAAGGUGGAUGCAACUUGGAGCAUUUUAUCCACUAUCAAGGAACCACAAUGGGCCUGGGUUCAGGGACCAGGAUCCUGCUGCCUUUGGUUCUGAGUCCCUGCUGCUGAAUUCCUCCAGACAUUAUCUGAACAUCCGAUACACUCUGCUGCCCUAUCUCUACACCCUCUUCUACCGUGCUCACACCCAGGGGCAGACAGUAGCAAGGCCCCUGUUACACGAAUUCUACCAGGACCCAGCCACGUGGGAAGUGCAUGAGCAGUUUUUGUGGGGGCCUGGACUCCUCAUCACACCUGUCCUGUAUGAAGGUGCAGACCAAGUAAGAGCAUACAUUCCAGAUGCCACCUGGUAUGACUAUGAGACAGGAGAUGCCAUCCAGUGGAGAAAGCAAUUUGUGGAUAUGCUACUUCCAGGGGACAGGAUCGGGCUUCACCUUCGAGGAGGCUACAUAUUUCCCAUCCAGCAGCCGAACACAACCACAGAAACCAGCCGGAAGAAUUCCCUGGGACUCAUCGUCGCCUUGGACUAUAAGAGAGAAGCCAAGGGAGAGCUGUACUGGGAUGACGGUGUGACUAAAGAUGCUGUAACUAAUAAGACGUAUAUUCUGUAUGAUUUCUCUGUUACUUCUAACCGUCUACAGGCAAAGAUCAUACAUAAUGGUUAUGUGGACCCGGACAACCUCAUGUUUACAGAUAUCAGAAUCUUGGGAAUGGACAAAGAGCCGAGUAAUUUCAUUGUGUCUUUAAAUAAUGUUGCCACCUCCAUUUCCAGUGUUGUCUACAGUGCUUCAACAAAGGUGGUGACCAUCACUGAUCUCCAGGGACUGGUUCUGGGACAAGAAUUCUCUAUAGAGUGGGAUCUUGUAGUCAAUGAUCUGGAGAAGUUCAACUGCUACCCUGAGGAUCCCACUGCCUCUGAGGAGAGUUGCAGACAGCGGGGAUGCCUUUGGGAGCCCACAGCUACUCCUGGUGUGCCCACCUGUUACUAUGACACCAUCCCUAACUAUGCUGCCAGUAACAUUCAGUACCUGCCCACGGGCAUCACCACCGACCUUACCCUCCUGGCGGUCCCUGCAUCUACCCGGGCAGCRGCAGCUCCACCAUCACCAGGAGCAGCCACUGUCUCUAAUCGUCUCUCUGAAAAGAUCAGCCUCCUCAGACUGAGUGUGACCUACCAUACAGAGAGCAUGCUGCAGAUAAAGAUCUAUGAUCCCACUAAUAAAAGGUACGAGGUCCCGGUACCUCUGAACACACCACGUUCACCGCUUGUCUCCCCUGAAAACUGCCUGUAUGAAGUCAGGGUUCAGAACAAUCCCCCUGGAAUCCAGAUUCGACGCAGAAGUUCCCAAACUGUGAUUUGGGAUUCUCAACUCCCGGGCUUCACCUUCAACGACAUGUUCCUUUCCAUUUCUACUCGCCUCCCUUCUCAGUACAUCUAUGGUUUKGGGGAAACUGAGCACAUGACUUUCAGAAGAAACAUGAACUGGACAACCUGGGGAAUGUUUGCUCGGGAUGAGCCACCAGCGUACAAGAAAAAUUCCUAUGGUGUUCACCCCUACUACAUGGCCUUGGAAGAAGAUGGGAAUGCCCAUGGAGUGCUCCUGCUGAACAGCAAUGCCAUGGAUAUGACUCUGCAGCCCACUCCUGCCCUGACAUACCGCACUGUAGGAGGGAUUUUGGACUUUUAUUUGGUUUUGGGGCCAACCCCCGAACUGGUAACUCAGCAAUACACUGAGUUGAUUGGUCGGCCAGCAAUGACUCCAUAUUGGGCUCUGGGAUUCCAGCUGAGUCGCUAUGGAUACCAGAAUGACUCUGAAAUCGCCAGUCUGCAUGAUGCAAUGGUGGCAGCCCAGAUCCCCUAUGACGUCCAGCAUGUGGACAUCGAUUACAUGGACCGGAAGCUGGACUUCACCCUCAGCCCCAGCUUUCAAAACCUCGGUGUCCUGAUAGAGCAAAUGAAGAAGAAUGGCACCAGAUUUAUUCUCAUUCUGGACCCAGCCAUUUCUGGCAAUGAGACACARUAUCUCACCUUCACCAGAGGACAGGAAGACAACGUGUUCAUCAAAUGGCCUGACACCRAUGACAUUGUCUGGGGAAAGGUUUGGCCAGAGCUGCCCAAUGUAAAUGUGGAUGAAUCCCUUGACCAGGAAACUCAGGUCAAGAUGUACAGGGCCCAUGUUGCGUUCCCUGACUUCUUUCGUAAYAGCACAGCUGCAUGGUGGAAGAAAGAGAUAAACGAGCUCUAUGCUAACCCCAGAGAGCCAGGGAAGAGCUUGAAGUUUGAUGGACUGUCGAUCGAUAUGAAUGAGCCSUCAAACUUUGUGGAUGGAUCUGUUGGGGGCUGCCGCAGUGCAGUUCUUAAUAACCCACCCUAUAUGCCAGAUUUGGAAUCUAGGGACAAAGGCCUGAGCAGUAAGACCCUGUGCAUGGAGAGUGAGCAGAUCCUGCCAGAUGGCUCCCGGGUGCGACACUAUGACGUACACAGCCUGUACGGGUGGUCCCAGACCAGACCGACAUAUGAAGCUGUGCAGGAAGUGACUGGACAGCGAGGGACUGUCAUCACCCGCUCCACAUUCCCCUCCUCUGGCCGCUGGGGAGGACACUGGCUGGGAGACAACACUGCUGAGUGGGACCAGCUGGGGAAAUCUAUCAUUGGCAUGAUGGAGUUCAGUCUCUUUGGAAUAUCUUAUACAGGAGCAGAUAUCUGUGGCUUCUCUGGAGAUGCUGAAUAUGAGAUGUGUAUUCGCUGGAUGCAGCUGGGAGCCUUCUACCCCUUCUCCAGGAACCACAACACCAAAGGGACAAGGAGACAAGAUCCUGUGGCCUGGAAUUCAACCUUUGAAUACUUCUCAAGGAAAGCCCUGCAGCUCAGAUAUACCCUGCUGCCCUACCUCUACACUCUGAUGCAUAGCGCUCACGCAGAGGGCAGAACCGUCAUCCGACCCCUUUUCCAUGARUUUACAGAUGACAAGACAACGUGGGAUAUAGACCGUCAGUUUAUGUUGGGAYCUGCCAUCUUGAUCAGCCCUGUGCUGGAAAGUAACACAUUUGAGAUCAGUGCUUAUUUUCCCAGAGCCCAGUGGUAUGACUAUAGCACGGAAUCUGCCUACAGAUCCACAGGUGAGUUGGUAAUACUGAAGGCUCCCCUAGACCACAUCAACCUUCAUGUCAGAGGAGGCUACAUCCUGCCUUGGCAAGAGCCUUCCAUUAACACUUACUAYAGUCGACAAUGUUUUAUGGGGUUAACUGUUGCUUUGGAUGAUGAUGGGAAGGCCGAAGGUCAGCUGUUCUGGGAUGAUGGACAAAGCAUUGACACCUAUGAAAAUGGAAACUAUUUCUUGGCAAACUUUAUUGCAGCUCAGAACACCUUGAAAAUUCAGGUCAUACACAAUAAGUAUUUGAGCGACUCAAAUUCAUUGAAAGUUGGAUAUAUUAAAAUCUGGGGAGUGAACUCUACUUAUGUGACACAAGUCGGUUUCACAUAUGACAACUGGGAAUUCAUGACGACCAAUUUCAAGAGUGACCCUUAUACUAAGACACUAACUAUUCAGUUGACUGACAGGAGUGUUAGUCUGGAAAAAUUAACUGAGGUAUUCUGGAUUCAUGGGGAUCCUUCCUUUACGACUCCACCUGUGACAAGUGCCUUCCCCAUGAGUCCUGAGACUUCUACAUCUUCUACAACAGCUGCUGGUACUGAGAUUCUCACUAGCUCUGCUAGUGCAAGUCUUGCUCCUGGCACUAGUGAACCYUCUGCCAUAACCACUCCUCUAACCAGCGCUACAGCAGUCACAACUAGUGCAGCUGGUCCUGAGACUACACCUUACUCCGUGGCCACUGGUGCUAGCACAAGUGCCACUGUACCUGUCCUCACCACAACGCUCACAAUAAGCAUGUUUGAUGAGGCCAUCUGUUGGGAAUCAGAGGAUAGGGAGCGGUUGUUGGAAGCUUGA